AUGAUGCCGUCCAUCAAUGGCUCACGACGCCGGCAUGCGAAGCAGCCAUCCUCGUCGAAGAAGAAAGCGCCCCCACCAGAUCUCGCCCUCACCUCUCGCUACUCCUCCUCCAGCAAUAAUUCAGAUACGCAAGCAACACCAAGAUCCAUCUUUCACUCAAGUCUCAGACCCUCAAAGCGGUUUUCAAAAGAGCCAAAACCAGUCCCGAGAGAAGAGCCAGUGGGAAGGAAGGCAAUUGAGGGGCCGGAUAAGGAGAAUCUCGAUGUCUUCGCCUACAUGCAAAGAGAUGAUGAGCCAUGGGACACGCCAGUCAGCGACGAGGCAGAGAAGGAGCUAGAACCCUCAGAUGAUGAGAUCUCGCCAAUUCCUCCUGUCAAAAGCCUGGAAGGGCCCCAAGCAUCUCCACGAUACAGUGAUCUGGAGGUUAAGGCUAUACAAGACGGAAUUCACCGGGCAUGGGGCAGAGCGAGUUUACACUCAGAUUCUGGCAUCUCAAUGCAUUCCUCGAGCCCAGAACAAGAGUCGCCGAUAAUGCAACACAAAUACCCAAUGAUUCAAGAGGACGAAGCAGACACGUUGGAUGCCAAUGUGGAAGAGGACGAGCACCAGCACAUUGAGCUGCACGACUCCCCCGAAUUCCUACCUACUAACAACGGCCCACCCAUGCACUCCAUCGAAGCAAACGAGGGUCUCGUGCCCGAAGCUUGCCACGUCUCGCCUCCAACAUUCGCACCACAAUUCCUCUCCGAAGAACCUGUCUUCCCGCACCUCGAGCUCCCCGCAAUCUCCCAACGCCGCCACUCCAACUUCGCCCCGCAGCGGCGCUCGCGUCGCGACAGUCCAGCACAGCUCCCCUGGAAGAAGGCAGGGUACGAUCUCCUCGCUUCCAACAUCUCCUCCCACCGUCACCAUCAUUCCCGAUCGUCUUCAUACGACGGCCAGCAGUCUGAAGAGCUUAUUAAACCCAUCUACCGCAAAUUCGAGACCCUGAACAAUCGCAUGCUGCUCUACUUGCAAGACGAGAUCUCUGAGAUCGAAGAGCAAUUGUCUGAGCUGGACGCAGCGAUCGCGCAUGAAGAUGGCGGACAUAACAAGGUGGAUGCACCAGCGAGUAGACGGCAUGAAGCGAAAUUGCCAAGUCAGCUGCAAUGGCACCGCUUGGAUCUUCUACACCGUAGCUUUGGGAAGGUUGAGCUGUACAAUAGAGCACUAACCUCCUACACCCACCUAAUCCGCACCCUCGACCCCGCCUCCAGCACCGACAUUGCAGCCUACAGAUCCUGGAUCGAGGAGCACACACCCAUCGUCCCCUCUGAAAGCACCUUCCUGUCUCAUCAAUCCGAUCUCGUCGCCAUCACGGCCACUCCUCCCACCAUCAAUUCCAACGCGAACAACCACACAAGAUCCCGCCGGCGCCACUCCUCCACUCCUUCCUGCACACCCUCUGAAAAUCAUCUUGUUGAAGAUGGGAAGAUCCGCCUCGAUUCUCCGUUUAUUGUUUUGGCCUUUAUGUUUGUCGCGACGAUUAUUGUGUUCAAGGUUGUGCCGAGAUUGUUGGCACGCUUGGUGAUCAGUACGAUGGUGGGGAUGGCGACGAUGUGUUUGUUGAGGCCGGAGGGGAUGGGGAGUUGGAAGGGGUGGAAAGAACGGAGAAUGGAGGUCGCGAGGGUGGCGUUUGUUAUGCUUGUAUUGGCGCUGAUUGUUGAUUAG